AUGUUUUCGUUGUUUGGCAAACGUAAGCCAGCUGAGACACCGACUGAGGAGGCCAUUCAGGGCCCAACGGAUGUACCGAAGCAAAGCAUCGGCGAUGAUUUCAUAUUUGUGGAACGCAAAACUGACGCAGAUCCCGUAACAUUGCCCGGUGGAAUGAUGUAUCCACCCAUUCCGCAGUCAGCAUACGGCCGAAUGCCUAUCCGCCUUGGUCCCAAACCCACAAUGGGAACGGGGCCCAAUCAAAACACACCUAUCAAUUAUCUGCAGGACAUUCCGUUUGAGCUGUCGCCGCAACUAACCAGCAAGGAUGGCUUUAAUGGAGCCCAGUCGCAAGUAGACGGUAUCUUGGCUUUAUUGACGCGUCAAAUGUCCGUGGACGCGAUGGCUGAGGAGUACACAUUCACCCUGGAGCGUUCUGUGCAAAACGAUUGUUUCUGA